UCGAUUGAUGAGUAUAAUUUUGGCAUAGAUAAUGUUUGUUUUUUAAAUUUAGUUGUUUCAUCUCUGGCUGUCGUAGAUAAACUACAAUUUCAAGAUAAAUUUCGUUUUGCACUUUUUUGAGUUUGUCAACUUUGAAGUUAAGUUGUCAAUUUAAUCAACAAAAUGGCAACUUUAUUGCAACAAAAUAUAAAUCUAAUUUUGUAAAACAUUGCGCAUAAUAUAACAAAGCAGAUUUAAGAUAAUAUUUUGCACGAUGGGUUUUAAAAAGGCAAAGAAUCACCCAUUUAUUGUAUGGGAUGCUUGUAUAUUAUGGAUUAUUUCGAUACUUGCUAUUUUGUGGUCUUUACUUCUAUUCUUUGGUGUUGGACAAGAGUUGUUUUUAACUGGCACAGAUCUGGUGAAUGCGUUUGUGCUUCUCUCUGGAAUAAUAAUGCUUCCGACUCACCUGAGCAUCGUUUACGCUAUUGCGAAAGGCGAAAUUGUCGACCCCAGCACUAAAGUCUUGUGGAGAUGCCGAUUGAGGUGUUGCGUGAUUUGGAUUAUAAUUAUAAAUGUUAUGGGCGUAAUUUUCUGCCUCCAAAGAAUGUAUUAUUGUUACGCGAUUACUUUGAAAUACAUAUCCAAGAGUAUGAAGUUGUACCGAACAACGCCAAAACAUAAACGGUUUAUUGAUAACCUGCAGUGGUCUCUCGGAUGUUGCGGCCUGCAUUCUUAUAAAGAUUGGUUUACACAAGAUUGGCAUGACAAAGUUCGAGAUUAUGAGUGGAGUCUCCCGAAUGCACGAAAUGCAAAAGCAGUCAGUGAUUUAGAAGAAACGGAUAGCGUACCAUCGAGUUGCUGUAAGAGCGGAGCUGGUGUAUCGUGUUAUCUGGACGAGCUGGGUACAAAUUCGAUCAAUACAGAAGGCUGUGGUGAUAUGAUGUAUCGCAUUAUAAUGAUUUCCAUGAGUGUUCAUAUCACUCUAUUCCUAAUUGUUAUAGUGUUAGAGGUGUUGCUAUUAAAAUACACAAAGAAAAAUGAAAAAAAAAAUCCUGCGACUCCCAAAAGUAAACCACAAAUAUGUAGACCCAAAUGCAAAUAUUAUAAAUCAAUAACAAAACCCAUAAAGAAACCUAUAAAAAAACCUAAAUGUAAAAAUAAAUGUUGCGCAAGCUGUAGAAGGGUAAAUAUUAGGAAUAUAAUGUCGAUAAAUGACAACUUCGAACUGUCCAGUGGUUCAUACCGAUUCAAUGCUGAAGAACCUGAAGAUAGUGAAGAAAUACAUACAAUUAGCCACUCGCAAGACGAUAAUGAUGAAAACUGAGUACAUACUUAAGUCAUUCAUAAAUUUUGUUGUAUAAUUUUGUACUUAUUUUAAAUAUUGACGUCGUAUGUCAUCAAUAGAUUUCUUCAUGUUAAUUUCUAAUAAUUA